UAAUAAAAGAAGAAUCUUAUAUUGUUUUCAUCUCCAAGAAUUGGGUUCCUUGCUCCAUGUAAGUAUUCCAAAACCCAAAAACAGACCAGAAGAGAAACCUGGUCCUAUCAGAAAACCUACCAAACCAAAUCAAACCAUUGUUUUCUCUUCCAAGAUGGUUCAGAGAAAGGUUGGUAUCCAAUCUGAUAAGCUCAAGACUGAUAUAGCAGUAUCUCAGCACCAGGAUAACAAGACCAGAAGACCUGAGAUGAAGAAGAAGAUGAAGAAAUCAAGAUCAAUAAAGCUUUCAGCAGAUCAUAUUCCCUUAACCAAAACUGUAUCUCAGCCUGGAAAACCACCACCUCUCACCCCUGCACCUCAUGGAUCACCACAGAAGCUUCCUCUCAACAAAACACCUUAUGGAUCACCAAAUUAUAUGAAGGCUACCAGCAGUUCAGAGGCAAAGAAGGAGACCUCACAUGUUACUACUUCCAGGGCAAGGCGAAGUUCAGGUAAUUCAUCAAACCCUGGUUCUGGUUCUGGUUCUGCAAGAACUUUAACAAGGACAUCCAGUUUGAAGGUGGUGAGGUGUUUGAGAAAGUCCCCAAGUUUUAAGACUGCAAGAGCUCCAGUCAAGAAAUGUUCCAAGAUUGCUCUUUGUGCAGAUAUGAGUUCACAGAAGGCUACCUGUUCUUCAACUCUUAAGGAGAGCAAGUUCCCAGAAUAUCUCAUGUUGAAUCCUGGAGGAACUGAAGCUGAAGGAACUUCGGUCAUCAAGGUCUGUCCUUAUACUUAUUGUUCUCUUAACGGUCACCAUCAUGCUCCUUUGCCUCCAUUGAAGUCCUUCCUAUCAGCUAGGAGACGUUUGUUGAGGGUUCAAAAAAGUAUGAGACGUGAAGCUCUAAGCCCGCGCAAAGUGAAACCAUCAGCUCAGGAACUCACCCAAAUCAUCAAUGGGCAGGUGAUUGCCUCUGAUCACAAGGCUGAAAUCGUUGAAGGGGAUGUGAGUAAUUACCCUAUGUCCCCUUUGACAAAAGAGAACAGCUUUGAUUUUUUCAUUGAAAUCUAUGCUGCAAACAAGGAAGAUGCAGCUGAAUUAAAUGGAGGAAGCACUGAAAAAGAUCCUGCAGGACUAGAAAAUCAGGACAUGUCUUCUUUCGGAGGCAAUAAUGAGGAAACAGUGGGGGAAAUAUUCCUUGACACCCAAGUUGUUGAGAGUCUGUCUGAUGAGUUGCUGAACUCUGAGAUUGAUCUUGAGGAAGACUUGGGGGAAGAGAACUAUGUCUAUCCAACAGACAAGGAAACCAGAGAGAGCUUUCUUGAAGAAAAGAAACAUGAAGCAGGGGAAAACGACCUGACUGCUUCACAUCAAGAUGAGGGAAAACAGAUCACUUUUCAUAUUGAGGAUGACUUUCAAAGUGAAUGUCAGACAAGCAUAGAAGAUGAUGGUGCAGAUUCUGAAAUUAUAGAUAUGGAGUUGGAUGAGGGGCAAUUUUCUAACUUCAAGCCUGAUGGUGAAGCUGAUCAUUCAGUUGAAACUGCAGGUGAAUCAGAUUUAGAUGUUGAUCUCUUAGCAGAAGCCAAAAAUAUCGGCAUAAUUGAAAUUGUUAGCGACUUCAGCAAGGAGAUUCCAGCUGAUGAAAUUCUACUAGAUGUGAAUGAAGAACAAAGUGCAGGAUUCGAUGUUCUAUCUGAUGAUAGUGAUUUUGAGAUGGAUGAGACACACCAAAACUUGGAGAUUGUGGAAUACUUAGAAUAUGAUCUACUUUCUAGUUGUGAAGAUGAAGUUGAGGAAAUAACAACCAUGGACGAAGUUCAAGAAACAGAAGCAGCUGUAACCGAAGAGCCAAUUCUUGAACCAACUGUAGCCAGUGAGAAGCCCGAAGAGAGUAGAGCUCCUGAACCAGGAAAUAUUACCUCAGAAACCAACUUCAUCACUGAGGAUAUGGCAGAUGGUGACCUUGCUGAAGCGAGAAAUAAAACAGACAAUACUGUUGAAGAAAACCAUCCUGCCGACACUCAAAAGCAUUCAUCACAUGACCUGCAAGAGGCAACAAACAUUGAGAAUCAUUCAGUCUCGGAGAGAGAUCAAGAUGAAGAAGGUAAGAUGUUCUGGAUCCAAGACUGGGUAGAUUCUGAGGCACAAGGUGAUUCAGGGAUGAAUGGAAAUCAUUCUGCUGAAACCAGCGUUAUUGAAAGCGGUAAAACAGAAGGGAAAAGUGAAACUGGUCAGCAAGGUAUAGCAGAAGCAAUUCAUACAGCCAGUAACAUGACUAACCCAACUUCAGAGAAGAGAUUCUCUUAUUCAAGAAGAUCUAAACAAGAGCUAUCUGAUACCUGCGACACUCAGAAAUGGACAAUUGGACGCAGAAGACUCACUGACAACUCUGAGGAAUCAACAAGGGAAUUUAACCCCCGUGAACCAAACUAUUUGCCUGUUAUUGCCGAGCCAGAUGCAGAGAAGGUUGAUCUCAAACACCAGGAUAUUGAUGGAAGGAGGAACACAGAGGAAUGGAUGCUUGAUUAUGCUCUCCAACGAACUGUUACCAAACUCGCUCCGGCUAGAAAGAGAAAAGUAGCAUUACUUGUUGAAGCCUUCGAAGCAGUCAUGCCAAUACCAAAGUGCGAAAUUCAAGUUAGGCGUGCUUCAGCAGCAUUUACUCAUGGCAGACCCAUUCAAGCUUGCAAUUGAGAGUGGCAGCAGAGAGAUAAGGGAUUAAACAAAUUACAUCAUAAUGAGUCAGGAAAGUAGAAAGCAUACUGUCAGCUACCGAAGGCCCGUGUCUUAGGAGUAAAUUAACGGAAGGUAGAGCAACUAACCUGUUGUUCAGCUCCUAUUGGGAAACAAGUGUAUCAAGAAAGCUGCAGAUACAGUGCCGCAAUUUCUCUUAAUACAUGAGCUGGUGAAGCACUAGCGAGUAUUGAGUUCAACUGUACUUGUAAUGCCACUUGAUAAUCUUGUGUUCUAUUCAACCGGGUGGUAACUAUUCAUCUAUUUGGUCUUGUUAAGGAGGAACUGCUACCUCCAAAUACUGAUAAUUUAUUUGAUACUUGUCCAAGAUUAUGUACUAAUAAUAGUGUGAUCAACUAAGUUUAUGAAAUACUUAUAUAUAUAUUGUAUUUAGCUGUAUGUCCAACUUAUUGUGAUUGAAGACUAGUGAAAACUGUAUUGUGUAUUCAUUCGGCAA